AUGGAUGUGCGACGCCUGAUCAACGAAGUACGUUCACGACCGGUUUUGUGGGAUGCCAACCAUGUGAAAUACAAAUGUCAUGCAACAAUAACAAAACAGUGGAAGGAUAUCGCCAAAGCGCUUCAAAUUGCUAAUGUUGACGAAUGCCGGCGAAAAUGGAAAAAUUUACGUGACACCUAUCGCGCCUGUCUCAACAAUGCCGAACGUCAAAAAGAGAAAUCCAAAUCGUUAGGUGUAUAUGAACCCAAUAAAACUUAUAUUAGUAAUUGGGUCUAUUUGAAUGAAAUGAGUUUUAUUAGAGAAUUUGUUCGUUUGAAAAAAUCUGCUAAUGACAGUGUUUCGGACAAAGAUGACAGGUCCAAAAAUAAUUCUUCCAGUAAUAGUAUGGAUGCGGAGAAUGUUAUGACAGAUGAUGGAAUGUAUUCUAUAAAAGAAGUCGAUUUUGAUUUGGAUGACAGCGAUAAUUUACAUGAGUUGUUAGCUAUAAAACAAGAAUUUGAAGACACUACCACGAAUUUAAUAGACGAAAGUAAUACGUCGCGAGAAACAAAUACAACAAUGUACAGUGACAUUGAAAAUUGUGUACCUACUUUUCAAGAAAUUAAAACAGCAGCAACAACAACGCCGCCAGCUAGUAAAAACAUACAAAAAGGUCUAACUACCUUUAAUUUACCAGCUGCAAUACAAGUCAAAAUUGUACCAAAAAAUUCCAGUGCUAAUCAACCACCGUCGUCACCACUGACGGAUAAUACCAACAAAAACGAAUCAGCUGCAGCGCUCUCACAACAACACGAUCAGCAACAACAGCAACAGCGAAUUCAUUUCCUUAAGAACCUUGAAAAGGAGGAAGAGAAACUAAUAAAAUGCACACAAGAUGAUAUGAGUUCGACUGCGUCCACCCCUCAUCAUGGCGCCGAAGAUCCUGAUCGCAAUUUUCUCAUGAGUUUUUUGCCACACAUGAAAAGAAUGGAUGAUUUGCAAAAUUUACAAUUCCGCUCGCAAAUGUCGCAAUUGAUAUUGAAUAUUUUUAUACCACCAUCAACAACAAAUGGCGUUGCAGCCGGUAACCAAACACUACCAACGCUAACACCAAAUCCACACUUGGUCAAUCGUACAAAUCGUAGAUAA